UAUACAAAUAAAACUCCAAGAUGUUUGAAGCCCGUUUAAUUAGUGCUACCAUUCUCAAGAAAAUCUUGGAUGCCAUCAAAGAUUUGCUAAAUGAGGGAACCUUUGACUGCAGUGAUUCGGGAAUACAGCUCCAGGCUAUGGACAAUUCCCACGUAUCAUUGGUUUCCCUGACAUUGCGUUCGGAUGGCUUUGACAAAUUCCGUUGUGAUCGUAACAUUUCGAUGGGCAUGAAUUUGAGCAGCAUGGCAAAAAUCUUGAAGUGUGCCAACAACGAUGAUACAGUUACCAUCAAGGCCCAAGAUAAUGCCGACACUGUCACCUUUAUGUUUGAAUCGCCAAAUCAUGAAAAAGUCUCCGACUACGAAAUGAAACUUAUGAAUCUCGACCAAGAACAUUUGGGCAUUCCAGAAACAGAAUACUCAUGCGUUGUACGUAUGCCUUCGAUUGAAUUUGCACGCAUUUGCAGAGAUUUGGCACAAUUCAGUGAAUCCAUGGUAAUCUGUUGCACCAAGGAAGGUGUGAAAUUCUCUGCAUCUGGUGAUGUUGGUUCGGCCAAUGUUAAAUUGGCACAAACAUCAAGCGUGGACAAAGAAGAGGAAGCUGUCAUAAUUGAAAUGCAGGAACCCGUCACCCUUACAUUUGCCUGUCGUUACCUGAAUGCUUUUACCAAGGCCACGCCUUUGUCCGGCCAAGUACAGUUGUCCAUGUCGGCAGAUGUUCCAUUGGUGGUUGAAUAUCGUAUUCAAGAUUUGGGUCAUGUGCGUUAUUAUUUGGCGCCUAAAAUUGAAGAUGACGAAAGUUAA